AUGCCAAACCUGACUUAUCCUGUCCUCGAUGGCUGCCUUGUCUCCUUCAAUACAACCACGAACCCCACUCCCUUUGAUAACCUGUGGAAGCUCGACUUGGAACACAUUCACGCACUCGGGACGAAAUUCCUAGCCUCGCUUGGCGUCCUGCACAAGCUUGUAGACCUCAAACUAUACAGUAUCGCUUUGGAGUGGGACGCCGCAUGUGGUGGAAUUUCAGUAACCCUCCCGCAGUUGGAGACGAUGGAAGUUGACUCGUGUGAGGACGCAGGCGUGAUCGAGUUGUUGAAUCAUCUGUGUGCACCAUCGAUGUCCAACUUUCAUUUCCGCCGCGGCGUUGAAGACGACCGUACAGACGACCUCGCUCCUUUCCAUUCAUUCUUGGGCCUCUCCCCCGUGUCGCGCGAUGUUGCAUAUGACAUAGUCGCUUUGUCAUUCCACGACAGAAACCGAACUAACUACGCACACAGGCUCGUGCCAGUCGCGCCUUCUGGCCCCGGCGCGCCCAAAAAUAAAACUCUCAUCUACGAAGAUCGUUGCUUGGACGUCGACCUCCUUCGCCCAAGGCUAGAGUUCGUGCAAACCUUGGUUGUGAGAUACGAAGUAGAACGAAUUUGCGGAUUUCACCAGUGUGCUGCACCGGAGAAGUGGCUUGCUUUGGUUGAAGACACGGUAACACUUACCACAAUAUCUAUCGACCAUGCCGACUCUCUCAUCGCACUCGUUCGUUACUACACUAUCGACAUCACCACAUUUCGCUCGCUGCAGUUCCUCAUGCUCUCCUCGAUCGAUUUCGCUCGGAAUGGGGUGGCCUUUGCCUAUCUGCUGCUGUUUGUAGAAGAAAGAGCGGCUUAUGGCCAGUCACUAUGCGGUAUUAGUUUCGAAGAUACGAAAUUCGCAACACAAUCAGUGGAAUUCCCUCAGUGCGACAAUGCGUAA